AUGAAAGACUCCCACGGAGCCUCGCCCCGGCGCGGCUCGUCACACUCGGCAGAGGCGGAGUACGAGCCCUUGACGACUGAGAUGCAGGCAGGUACCCUUGACGAGGAUGAGUACGACGCCACCAACGUCGUGCAGGACGACGACGACGAUCUGGCCGCGCCGCCCUUUUCCUGGCUUGACUAUGCCAUCUUUGGCUUUGUCGGCAUGGCCAUGCUCUGGGCCUGGAACAUGUUUCUGGCCGCUGCGCCAUACUUUCUGUCCAGAUUCCGUGGCAGCCCCUGGAUCGAGACGAACUUCCAGCCCACCAUCAUGACCGUCUCAACGGCCACCAGCCUUGUCACCGUCCUCAUUCUCACCAAGAGGCAGCGCGCCGCUUCGUAUCCCUUCCGUAUCGGCUGCGGCCUGCUCAUCAAUGUCGUCACUUUUGCACUCCUAACCGGCUCCACGGCCACCGCGCUCGGCGUCUCUCCGCAGGCCUACUUUGCCUUUGUUCUCGCCAUGGUCGCCGCCACCUCGCUCGCCACGGGCCUGCUGCAAAACGGCGCCCUCGCCUUUGCCGCCAGCUUUGGCCGCCCCGAGUAUAUGCAGGCUCUCGUCACCGGCCAGAGCGUUGCCGGUAUCCUCCCCGCGCUGUCUGAGGUGCUCAGCGUGCUUGUGUUUCCGUCUCACAGCGACCGCCGCCGGCGCGGAAACGAAGCCAAUACUGGCGCAGGCAAAACGUCGGCCUUUGUCUACUUUCUCGCCGCCGUCGUCAUCUCUAUCGUCGCCCUCGUCGCCAUGAUUCCGCUCACGCGCCACCACAAGCGCAACGCUGAGUACCGCGUCGUCUGCCACGCAGAAGACGAAGACGCCUACGAGAGCCGCAACACGAGCAGCGAUGACCACUCACACGGCGCCCGCAAGGUCGUCCCCAUGCACGUGCUCUUUAGCAAGCUACGCUGGCUGGCCUUGGGCAUCGCCCUCGUAUUCAUCACCACCAUGUUCUUCCCCGUCUUCACCGCCAAGAUCCGCUCCGUCCGGGAGCCCUCCGAACCCUGGGCCGGCGGUCUCUUUGCCCCCGACGCCUUUAUACCCCUCGCCUUUUUCUUUUGGAACCUCGGCGACUUUGGCGGCCGCCUCUCCACCGCCGUGUCCACCCUCGGCGCCAACUCGGGUCCCCACGGUGGCGGCCGCCCCAAGUUGCUCUUCAAGCUCGCCGCUCUCCGCAUCGUACAGCUCCCGCUCUACCUGCUCUGCAACAUUGGCGGUCGCGGCGCCGCCGUCCCCAGCGACGUCUUUUACCUCUUGGUGGUGCAGGUCCCCUUUGGGUUUACCAACGGCUGGCUCUGCGCGCGUCUUAUGACGUCGGCGAGCAGUUGGGUCGACGAGGGCGAGCGCGAGGCCGCGGGCGGCUUCAUGGGCCUGUGUCUGAUGAUUGGCCUCGCGUCUGGCAGCCUGCUGAGCUUUUCCGUCGCGGGCAUCUAA